GCCAGACAUCCUCCUCAGUCCCCACUGACACUGCAACCUGCCACUCGCCUGCACUCACCAUGCCUGUCUGCACCAACCGAGGAUGCAGCCAGGAGUAUGACUCUGCGGAGAACAAGGGCGACAGCUGCACUUAUCAUCCAGGCGCACCGGUCUUCCAUGAAGGACUCAAGUCGUGGUCGUGUUGCUCGGAUGUGAACAAGUCCGUGCUCGACUUUGACGAGUUCAUGAAGAUCCCGGGAUGUACCAAUGGCCCGCAUUCAGACGCUGCACCCAAAACCGACGCCGCCAAGCCAUCCACAGGCGCAAACCUCAAACUGACAGAGACGCAGGCAGGCGGGAAGGAGACAUACUCUACCACACUCGCGCCUCAACAGAUCGCGCUUUCUUCUAUCGCAUCAGCGCCUGCAGCUCCCGAGCCCGAGGAGGAGGACGACCUCAGCGCGUCUGUUGCGCCUGGCACGAAGUGCAAGAGGAAUGGAUGCAAGACGCUGUAUGAAAGCGACGGGGCAAACAGGAAGGGUGAUCGGCCGGAAGCGACGUGUACGUACCACCCCAAGGCGCCGAUCUUCCAUGAAGGAAGCAAGGGUUAUUUGUGCUGUAAACGUCGCGUGCUGGAGUUCGACGAAUUCCUCAAGAUCGAAGGAUGCAAGACCGGUCGACACUUGUUCGUGCCCAAGAACAAGGAAACCUCUGCGGAGCAAUUCACGGAAUGCCGUAUCGACCACUAUCAGACCCCGGCCGAUGUUCACGUCUCCGUCUUCGCAAAGCAGGCGGACAAGGAGCGUAGUACAGUGAAAAUCGAGGAGAACGCCAUCCACUUAGACCUUUAUCUCCCUGCGUCGAAGCGAUUCAAGAAAUCGAUUGAGCUCUUUGGGCCCGUUGAUCCAUCGGCAUCGUCAUUCAAAUACUAUGGUACCAAGGUCGAGCUCGACCUGCGUAAAACGGAUGCGCGAAGCUGGCCAGUGCUUGAGAAGUCGGUCCGAGAUUUGGGCAAAGUUAAUAUCACCUUUGGUGUGGGUGGCAGGACGGGCACGAUCGGCGCAAAGUCGAUCAUCUUAGACGACCAAAACAAGAUCAAGGCGGCAUCGCCACCGCCCGGGGCGUAGUUGAUGCAAAUUGAAGCGGGAUUAGCGUGCCUUACAAGACUGUGUAGACUAGUCCAGACAAUGAAGAUGUAUGUGUAACUCUACGCAACUGCUGGUGCAACCAUCAUAGAAUCCCUGGCUUCUCUAUCUGUGUGAACAU